UCGAGGGACAAGACACGAAGAUAAUUACAGGAACUCUACGUGGAGAAAAUCAUCAACACAUGGCUUUUAACGUUUCUGAUUUAUGAUUACACGACAGCAUGCACAGACUGCAGUGCUGAAACAGUAGCCUUUUAGGAUAGGAGGUAUGCAUCCCAGCACCUACCUUUCAGCCCAGCACGUACAGCAAUGUCUUUGGUUACACCUGGGAAAUAGAUUUCCACAAUGUCCUGUACAAUAUGAAUCUCAUCUCCAUCCUGUAAUCAUCAUAUAACAGUCCAGAAUCUCUUAUGUGAAUCUCGUCACCUGAGGUCAGUUAUUGUCAUAUAAGAAUCUCUAAUGAUGAAGAAAAAGGCAUCCUGCACCUGCUCUCCAGUGAUCAACAAGCAACUUUUGCCAUGCAAGGCAUUCUACUUUCUGUUCAUGGCAGGUGUUGCAUCGCUCCUGCCGUACUUGACAGUGUACAUGAAGCACAUAGGACUAACAGCGUCAGAAUCCGCCAUAAUCUAUGGGGUCAUGCCUUUUCUGGGCUUUCUCAUCAGGCCCAUAUGGGGAGUAAUAGCUGACAAGUUCAAUAAACAUAAAAUAGUGCUGAUCGUUUGUGCUCUAUUUGCUGGAACGUUCCAUGUCACGUGUCUUUUUGUUCCUCACGUGGAACCCGAGUUGGUACCAGUUCAUGUAUUUUUCCAUGCAAAUAGCAGUUCAGCGACUGUCAGCAAAUGCCAGUUGUAUGGGAUGAAUGUGGAAGAUCUUGAUCUGCAUGGUAAAUGUGAAGAAAGUGUUCUGAAAGAAAAUACAUUGAAGGCUACUCGGCUGUGUAAUUUGACAUGCACAGUACUUGACACACUAAUGAACGAUGGUUCUGAGACCAGCCUCCAAUUUUGUAACAGUACUGCUAACUAUUGCCUGGAACUGUUUGACUCGAAUUUAGUGAAUGUGGAAGAUGUCUCUUUGGAGCUGAUUUUCUUGAAUUCUACCAGUGACAAAAUCUCUGUUUUACCUUGGAAAGAUUGCCCACAGUAUUCAAUCGAAUCAUUUAGGGCAAACAAUACUUACUUUGAUGUAUUUAAAGUACAAAAUGAAUUGAACAUGAAAUGUCAGAUUCAGUAUUGCAACAAAAAUUAUUCUCAGAAUGAAGUCAUAAAUGACAGUAAGAUAAGCAGCCAUGAUUUAACUUUCGGUCUGUUCUUGGUGCUGUUUUUUAUUGGGCAGACAUUUUACAUGCCUUGUCUAAGUAUCAAUGAUGCUAUCACUUACGGUAUUUUGGGUGAUGAAGGUAGCAAAUGGGGGCGUACAAGAAUGUUUGGAACGAUUGGUUUUGCCACAUUUGCUGUCAUCUCAGGGCUUUUUAUGGACUCUUUUAGUGAAAGCGAAUCUCAGCCUGAUUUUUCUCCUGCAUUUUACUUGCAUGGGGGCAUGCUUUUGUUGGCUGCAAUCUCUUCAAAAUUCAUGCACAUAGCUGAGGAUGUACACUGCUCUCAGAUGAUGAAGAAUCUCUCACUUUUAUUUAAAGACACUGAGAUUUGCUUAUUUCUCUUUGUCAUGUUAAUCUUGGGGAUAUAUGCUGGAGUUCUAAUGUCCUUUCUAUUUUGGUACCUGGGAGAAUUGUGCAGUCCCAAGCUUCUGAUGGGGCUCACGCUGUUGGUGGAAUGUGUCGCGGAGACCCCAAUGUUAUAUUUCGCUGGAUUCAUCAUAAAAAAAGUGGGUCAUAUACCAUGCUUGCAUGUCACUCUUCUUGCGUAUGCUCUACGAUUCGGAGCCUACUCAUUUCUGAAAGAGCCCUGGCUCGUUCUGUUGAUAGAGCCACUGCAUGGGAUCACGUACGGCCUCCUGUUCUCUGCCGCCACAGAGUACACGGAUAUCAUAGCCCCCCCAGGGAUGUCGGCGACUCUGCAGGGUCUGAUGGCAGGAAUACACUGGGGCAUGGGACUUGGCAUUGGCUCCCUGGUCGCUGGCCAGCUGUACCACGCCUAUGGCGGAGUGGUGAUGUUCCGCUGCUUUGCUUUCUCCUCCCUGAUUGUAUUGGUCAUUGUCUGGCCACUGGAGAAAUUCGUUGUCAGGAAGAAACAUGUGAAAAAAGAACACACAGAAGAAGAGGAAGACAAGGAAAACAACCAGAAGAUCCCAGAAACUGCUGAGGAGAUCCCCCUCAGUGCUGAUGAAGAAAAUGGUGUAAAUUUACUUUCUCUGGAACAAAAUGAGAAUCAGGAGAGGGAGACGGAGGGAGAAAAUCAGGAUGAGAACAGAAAGAUUUCACUUGUGGAGAAUUCAGUAGCUUGAGACAUACAGCUCAGCUCUGUUUACGUGAACAUUUUUAUUGUUGAUUUUUAAUGUUGAAUUUUGAAAUAUCUGAUGUCUAUAAUAUAAUAUAAUGUGACUU